ACUGCGCAGCCUCUGUUUAUCCCAACCAGACGGUGGCAGUUUGGGGAUGGGCAUCUGAGCAUGGACACUUAACAACGGAUGACCUCAGACAUACUGUUUACCCUUCAGGAAUCAGGACGUUUUCGUCGUCUGUAGACAGACAACAUAUUAAAGAGUUCAAAAAUGCCGAGCAACAAGCUUGAUAAACCAGAAAAGGUAGAGGUCAGUGAUAACGUCAAGGUGGUGGUGCGAUGUCGGCCCCUCAACCAGAAAGAGAAAAUGAUGGGACACAAACAGUCUGUCAGUGUGGAUGAAAUGCGAGGAACCAUCACUGUGAACAAGCUUGAGACGCCCAAUGAGCCACCAAAGACCUUCACGUUCGACACAGUGUUUGGUCCAGACAGCAAACAGCUGGAUGUCUACAAUCUAACAGCCCGGCCAAUUAUUGAUUCUGUGUUAGAGGGAUACAAUGGAACCAUAUUUGCCUAUGGUCAAACAGGCACUGGGAAGACAUUCACCAUGGAGGGAGUGAGGGCGGUACCUGAGCUCCGAGGCAUCAUACCAAAUUCAUUUGCUCACAUCUUUGGCCACAUCGCUAAAGCAGAGGGAGACACUAGGUUUUUGGUUAGAGUUUCUUACUUGGAAAUCUACAAUGAGGAAGUGAGGGACUUGUUGGGGAAAGACCAGAUGCAGAGGCUGGAGGUGAAAGAAAGGCCGGACGUGGGUGUCUACAUCAAAGACCUUUCGGGCUAUGUUGUGAACAAUGCAGAUGACAUGGAUAGAAUUAUGACUCUUGGCCACAAAAACCGUUCUGUAGGUGCGACCAAUAUGAAUGAGCACAGCUCCCGCUCUCAUGCCAUAUUCACCAUCACUAUCGAGUGCAGCGAGAAGGGCGUUGAUGGAAACCAGCACGUGCGCAUGGGCAAACUGCACCUGGUGGAUCUCGCGGGGUCUGAGAGGCAGGGGAAGACGGGUGCCACUGGACAACGUCUUAAAGAGGCCACGAAGAUCAACCUGUCCCUGUCCACCCUGGGAAACGUCAUCUCAGCUUUAGUGGAUGGGAAGAGCACACACGUGCCCUACAGGAACUCCAAACUCACCCGCCUGCUGCAGGACUCUCUGGGAGGAAACUCUAAAACCAUGAUGUGUGCAAAUAUUGGGCCAGCAGACUACAACUAUGAUGAGACCAUUAGCACCUUGCGCUAUGCUAACCGUGCAAAGAACAUCAAGAAUAAGGCCAGAAUCAAUGAAGACCCCAAAGAUGCACUACUACGCCAGUUUCAGAAGGAAAUUGAAGAGCUCAAGAGAAAGCUGGAAGAAGGAGAAGAAAUCUCAGGGUCAGAUGGCAGCGGAUCUGAAGAGAUGGAUGAAGGGGAGGAUGAAGCUGGAAACGGAGGAGAGAGGCCCAGAAAACGACGAGACAGUGGCAGCAGCAGUAGUACAGGUUCUGCCUGCUCUGUAGCUCAGCGCUCUGAGGGGAAAGCUCAGACUAGGAAGAAGAAAGUAUCACCUGGCAAGAUGGUGGAGAUGCAGGCGAAGAUCGAAGAGGAACGCAAGGCCCUGGAGGCUAAGCUGGACAUGGAGGAGGAGGAGCGAAACAAGGCACGGGCAGAGCUGGAGAAAAGAGAAAAAGAUCUACUCAAAGCACAACAAGAGCACCACUUACUGCUUGAAAAGCUGUCUGCUCUGGAGAAGAAGGUUAUCGUUGGAGGAGUUGACUUGCUGGCCAAGGCAGAAGAGCAGGAGAAGCUUCUAGAAGAGUCCAACAAUGAGCUGGAGGAGAGACGGAAGAGGGCCGAGCAGCUCCGCAAAGAACUGGAAGAGAAGGAGCAAGAGCGUUUGGAUAUUGAGGAGAAGUACACCAGUUUGCAGGAAGAGGCCCAAGGCAAAACCAAGAAAUUAAAGAAGGUCUGGACCAUGUUGAUGGCAGCAAAGUCAGAGAUGGCAGACCUGCAACAGGAGCAUCACAGAGAGAUCGAGGGGCUGUUGGAAAACAUCCGCCAGCUUAGUAGAGAGCUCCGUCUGCAGAUGCUUAUCAUCGACAACUUUAUUCCUCAAGAAUAUCAGGAAAUGAUUGAGAAUUAUGUACACUGGAAUGAAGACAUCGGCGAGUGGCAACUGAAAUGUGUGGCCUAUACUGGCAACAACAUGAGAAAACAAACUCCAGUGCCAGACAAGAAAGAAAAGGAUCCAUUUGAAGUGGACCUCUCUCACGUGUACCUUGCCUACACGGAGGAGAGCAUGCGCCAAUCUCUGAUGAAGCUGGAGAGGCCCAGGACCUCGAAGGGUAGCAAGUCCAGGCCUAAGACUGGUCGCAGGAAGCGUUCAUCCAGGCCAGAUACGGUGAUCGAUUCCCUUCUGCAGUGAGCUUCUUCUGUCUCUGACUACAAUUUAGGCCGGUCCUUUGUGAGUUUUAAAUGAAUUAAUAUUAAUGGUGUAAAGAUGUAAGCAUACUUAAAUGACCAAGCGAAUUAAGGACCCAAAAAUAACUGUACAUAGGCAGGAAUAAUGCUGUUAUCUGCUUUGCUCUUGCUUUAAAAGAACACUAAUUCAUUUCAGGAUGUCUUUUAACACCAGAGCAAUUUCAUUUUUUGUCACAGAGCGAACAAAAACACAACAGAAAGUGUUACUGGAUGUUUGGUUUUUGCGUGGUUGUUGGUGCAGUGUAGGACGCCAGAAAGUCUCAGGGGCAGGAUAUUACUAGUGUGAUGCCCUAAUUGAUUAGCUUGUCGUCUCCUGCAAGCUGCUUUAGAUAUGAAUCAUGCCUGAUGCUUAUUCCAUUAGCAGUUUACAUUUACAUUUAAGUCUUUUACUCUGUGUACUUAAUGUGUGCUACUAACCUGAUUUUGUGGGGUUGGGGGAUUUGGCUGGAGACCCUGCAUGCUCUUUUACCUCCCCAAUGUUUUUGCUACCACAUGCACACUGUAUUCAAAACAAUGUGACUUUUCUUUUACACCACAAUGUUUACAUUUACUGUGCUGUACACUGUAUACUCCUUAAUUUAUUAAAUUAUUUACAAGUGA